AACAAUGAUGAUGCGAUUCGUAUCGCAGAAGAGAAUUGAGAUUGGUAAAAGAGGUAUUGCGACGAGUUGUCGAGCAGUGUUGUUACCGCGAUUUGGGGGACCUGAAGUGCUUGAGUUACAUGAGAAUGUGCAUGUGCCUGAUCUGAAACCUAAUCAUGUGCUUGUUCGUGCCCGUGCUGUUUCCAUCAAUCCUCUUGAUACCAGAAUGCGAUCAGGAUAUGGACGUUCAAUUUUCGAACCACUUCUACCAUUAAUUUUGGGCCGAGAUAUAAGUGGUGAAGUUGCAGCAGUUGGAAAUUCUGUUAAGUCACUUACAGUUGGACAGGAGGUAUUUGGUGCUCUGCAUCCAACCGCUGUGAGGGGUACUUAUACUGACUAUGCUAUUCUUGCGGAGGAUGAACUUGCUCCAAAGCCAGGAUCACUUUCGCAUGUGGAAGCCAGUGCCAUCCCAUUUGCUGCCCUAACUGCUUGGCGUGCACUAAAAAGUACUGCCAGAAUAAGAGAGGGGCAAAGGGUAUUGAUCAUAGGUGGAGGAGGAGCAGUAGGUUUCUCCGCAAUUCAGCUUGCAGUGGCUGCAGGCUGCCAGGUUUCUACUACGUGUGGAGGAGAGAGUAUAAGUCGCAUUUUGGCAGCCGGUGCUGAGCAGGCCGUUGACUAUAUCACUGAGGAUGCUGAAAUAGCACUUAAGGGGCAUUUUGAUGCUGUCUUGGAUACAAUUGGUGUGCCAGAUACGGAGAGAAUGGGUAUUAGUCUUUUAAAGAGAGGAGGACACUACAUGACGUUACAGGGGGAGGCUGCAUCGGUGACGGAUAGGUACGGACUAGCUGUUGGUCUUCCUAUGGCAACAGCCAUCUUGCUAAAGAAGCAAAUCCAAUAUCGAUAUUCUCAUGGAAUAGAAUAUUGGUGGAAUUAUAUGAGGGCUGAUGCUGAAGGUUUACAUGAGAUCCGUCGGUUAUCUGAGGCUGGGAAGCUUCAAAUCCCAGUAGAUAAAACUUUCCCAAUUUCACAGGUGAGAGAGGCUCAUGAGACCAAUGAUAGAGGCAAAGUAGUGCUAGAAAUUGACUGAUUUAUCUUGACAAGCUUAACCAACAACACAUGGAUUCAGUGCACAACGCUAUAAUGUCCCAUGCAAUCUGGUGUUGCACUGAACACUUGAUACCACAUAUACGAUAUAUGUCUGUCUUUGCAGAAUAACCAGAACCAAUAUUUACACUUUGUUGGAAUAUAUAGGAUUCGGGAGCUACUAGGGAAGAAAAAUGUGCAACCUGUAAAUUCUUGGGACAUUCUCAAUUUUUUUUUCUUUUCUUCAAGUGUCCGUCAUUGUUUCUAUCACGUCUUUUCUUCAACUUUGGCCAUAAUACGUCUUAGGGGAUGUUUGUGUUUCUUUUAGGAAAAAGACUAUGAUAUCUGAAUUUGGUUACAUAUCCGAUUUGGACAUUGUUUUCAAAUUUGAAUAAUGUUGAAUUAAGGGAGUCUGUUUGCUCAA